GGGUGCUUCCCGCCGAAAACAUCAAAGCUUCAUUUCUUCUUUGAUAGCUCGAUCUUAUCUCCACAUCUCAACCCCGCAGCACCUCGUCUCUUUGGUGCCACUACUGGCUAGACUACUAGUACACGUUUGGUGCUUUGGAGGGGCCUUCUGUGCUUGCAUUGCUACCAAGCAACCAUGAUAUCACCGAGUGUCAAGCGAUCAAUCUCAGUGGUUCCACCAGAGAACCAGAGUGGAGACGUUGAGUACAAACGCCAUGUACACCAUUCUUCAGUGACACGGUUACGGUCCUUGGCAACGCAAAUGUCCUAUAGGCUAGAUGAAGGCAAUGGCAGCUGCGUGUAUCAAAUCGGAGUGGAAGAUGAUGGGUGCCACUCUUUGAUGGACUACGAAGCCGUUGCCGAAUCGGCACGGAUUCUUGAGUGUAUUGCUCGCAGCCUCAACGCGGUGGUCUUGGAACGACGAAUGAUCCAAAAUGAAGUGGUAAAGGAUUCCGAGGGUAGCGUUGUCAAGGGCGACAUCGAAGGUAUCACUACCGUCGAGGAACCUUCCGUUUUUGAGCUGAAAAAGGACAUGCCGUUUGAACAUGAAGAAGAAGAAGAAGCACUACUAGCAAAGUCUCAUCAUCAGAAUGGAAAAGCCAACGAAGAUGAUUAUUCGGUAAGAUUACAAAAAGAACCUGGAUACUUCACCAGGUGCGAGAUCACCAUCCAACGAGUAGAGACGCAUCUGUUAGACCCUUCACCUAUUUCAUUAUCCGAAUUGGCGGCUGAUCCAAAUGCAUCAGUGACAUGCAAACCUCCCGCUGAGGCGACAUCACCGAGCAACAACGGAGGAACAACUAACAGUACACCCCAACCCAAAAAGGAAACCACGACCAUUUCCGAGACACUAUCUUCCAGAAACAUUCGCGUGGCUGUCGUGGGAAAUGUCGACGCUGGAAAAUCGACAAUUAUUGGAACUCUCACAACUUCUAGUUUAGACGAUGGUCGCGGGAAAAGUCGGACGUCCAUCAUGAGACAUCGGCACGAAAUCGAAUCCGGUAGAACGUCCACGGCUACCACCCACUUGAUGGGAUUUCGGUCAACGGGUGAGCCCAUCACAGGGAAGGAUCAAGUAAGGGCUAAUAAGAGAAAAUCAGAGGACGAAAUCGCCAGGGAGUCGUACCGUAUCGUCACUCUGAUGGAUCUCGCUGGGCACGAAAAGUACUUGAAAACUACGAUACAUGGGGUGUCAUCGGGAAUGUCCGAUUAUGCAUUAAUCUUGGUCAACAGUCGUCACCCUCCAACGCAUAUGACGCAACACCAUCUCAACCUGUGCUGCAGUUUUGGCAUCCCUGUCAUUGUCGUCUUUACUAAGAUCGAUGGAUGUCCCGAGCAUGCUUUCAAGACUUCCAAAGAGGAAGUCAUGAAGCUGCUGAGGUCCCCUGAGGUGGGCAAAAAGCCCUUUGCUGUUAGGAAUGAACAGGACGUCUCGACGUGCAUGGGAAAACUCCACACACUAGCUCCGAUGAUUGAAACAUCUUGUGUAACGGGCAAAGGGAUAGACUUGCUGCAGAAAAUGCUCUUCUCAUUACCCAAACGGCGUCGCCACGAAAACAAGGCUAAUCGUCCGUUCGAGUUCCUCGUCGAGGAUAUCUUUAACGUCCCGGGAGUUGGGGCUGUGGUAUCUGGUUUCGUGAAUGCCGGGGAGCUUUCGGUGGGAGCCAGCUGUCACGUCUACGUGGGUCCGACGGAUGAUGGCGGGUUCAUGAAAACCGUUGCCAAAUCUGCUCACAUUGCGAGAAUAAACACUUCUCACAUCACAUCGGGACAAUCUGCUUGCCUUGCAUUCUCAUUAAACAAAGAGUUGAGGAAGAAAUUGAGAAGGGGAAUGGUGGUUCUGAAAGAUUCUCCCUCUUCUACGAGGGAGUUUGAUGCCGAAAUCUGCGUUUUGAAAGGAGAAGGUACAACAAUCCGUCGCUCCUACCAGGCCUACGUGCACAUUCUCAACGUGCGUCAAAGCGCCUUUGCUCGCAACAUUGAAAUCGUCAACCACAACGCAUUAGGGCUUCCCCCAAGUCAUUCUGCAGCGAGGGACGACGAAACUGGGAUCGUUUUGCGCCCGGGCAGCCGAGCCAAAGUCAGGUUCGAGUUUGCACAGCGUCCGGAAUAUAUCCGUCCAGGAAUGCGUAUGCUCUUCCGCGACGGUCGUGUUCGCGGUGUGGGAAUCAUCACCGCAAUUCCCAAGGUCCAACCGGUGACGGCGUAAACUACAAGACGAAACUUAGGCUUGAGGAUGCUCGUAGUGCCAAAUGACCAAAUGAAGCUCGAAAUGACAAUAUACGUGAGAAUCGAACCAGUUUUACUAUUACUUUUGAGGGCCACCGCGCAGAACGACAACGGCAUUUAUUUAUUUAUAAGAACCAAUUUCCAUUGCAGCGAAAAUGAGAGGUUUCUUUUCUUCUAGCUAGAAUCUGCACCGUACCGAACCGUACGGUACAUUUGAAGUGAUCGCAACCAGAACCAACCAUCGACUCGACUCAAUUUCGUCAAACCGAGGGCGCUGUGCGCAAGCUACUAGUUGACACGAUAGGAUAUUUACCAGCCCCAAAAGUCUGAAUAGUUUUCGAGCUACUAGUAUAGUAAUUCAAUAUUCUCCUCUUCAAAUCCUACAUCUCUCCAAAU